AUGUUACAGUUUCCGGCGUAUAUGACGCAGUAUCCACUGUCCACCAGGACCAUUCCGACAUCGUUUCUACUUCCCUCUCAGUGGCCCCACCCCCAAAGCGAAGAACUCCUUCUGGCCAUGGAAGAGUCCGAUUUCGAAGAAAAGUGCAAUGAAAUUAGGAAGAUGAACAGCAACCUCAUUGUGAUAGGGAAAACCACAAACGAAAAUGAUAAAGAAGACUUUGACAAUGAGUUAGAUGACGAUGAUGCUGACAAUGUGGAGGAAUCAGAGGGUGAAGAAUUUGAGCAAGAAACUGGUUGA